CCACGCGAGUUUUAUCGAUGCGAACGGGUCAAUGUACGAGAUGGGGAACGCGCAGCAACACACCUAAAUUUCUCCGAAACCAGUUUUACAGCGGCAAAGCAGCUGAGCAAAAGCAAUGGGCGCUUCAAGUGAGGGAAUAAUUCACAAAAUUGGUCAAAUUGUGGUUCUGGUGGCCACUGUGUACUUGCAGCUCUUUGUGUUCACCCUUCCGCUGCUUGGAAUCUUCUCACUAGCAAAACAAUUGGCACCAGCUCCCGAUUACUGGCAACUGCGAUGGGACAGCAUGGUGUCGUGGGUAGACAGCAACCAACGCAUCGUCUUCGGAGUUUUACCGUCGUUAAUCUCAGGCGUGGCCUACUGGAGUCUCGGCUCCUUCUUCCUCAUGCUGGACUUCACAGGGUGGCUCUCCGAGUACAAAGUGCAGCUCGGCACCAACCAACCCCCGUCGCCAGCAAAACUCGGCAAGGCGAUUCGCACCGUUUUGUUCAAUCAAAUUUUCGUGGGACUUUUCACGGGACUGGCCGCAUACGAGUUUGUCCGACUCGCGGUCGGCGUCCCGAUAACACUUGAUCAACUCAGGGAACUGCCCUCCAUCCCUGACAUCCUUAGGAAGCUGGCCGCAUUCAUAAUGAUCAGGGAAAUUAUUUUCUAUUACAACCACAGAAUUUUCCACCACCGAUGGUUCUACAAACGCUUCCACAAGCAGCACCACGAGUGGACCGCUCCGAUUGCGGUGAUGACCCUCGACUGCCACCCCUUGGAGCACCUCCUGUGCAAUUUGCUUCCCACCGUGGUCGGACCCUCCCUGUACCGGUCGCACCCCUUAAUCAAUUACGUUUGGUUCUUCCUAAUCACACUGCGGCCAGUUUUCACCCACUCUGGAUACCACUUGCCUUUCGCGCCCUCGUCCGAAUCGCACGAUUUUCAUCACAUGGUUUUCAACCAGAAUUACGGAAACAUCGGAAUAAUGGACGCAAUUCACGGGACGGACGCACAGUGGAGAAAGACAGCUUCAUUCCAAAUGAAUUUCACUUAUUUUAAUCUCAUGCCGGCCCGGCAACUAAUCAAAAGCAGUCAGGAGAAUAAGCUCAAAGUAAAAUUGGCCAUUUAAUUUCCAUAUUGUAUGUUUGGAACUCAUGUUAUGUUUAUAUAUUUUAAAUGUUGAAUGAUGGAGCAGCUGAUGAACUUUUUCCUAAUAAAUUAUGCUUAAAACAGAUAUUAUCUUAUAAUUUCUGUUUGAAUAAAAAAAUUUGGAAAAUUGA